AUGCCUCCGCGGGCCAGGCAGGAGCCCAAAAAUGAGCUCAUUCUGCAGGCGCUGGAGAGCCGGCGCGCCAGGUGCGAGGCGCUGCGGAUGCAGUCGCAGUUUCAGUAUCAGAAGGCCAUCGAAACCGUCAGGGCCCACCGUGGCAAUAUCUACGGCAAUGCGGACAUUGCCAGGUAUGUGCCCAAGCUCAUCACGAUCCCGAUAGCCAAAGAGAUCGAGGCCGUCCUGUCCGGCCUUAAACCUGCAGAGGUCUCGCCGCCCAGCGCGCAGCGCCUCUCCAACGCGGCGCAGCGCCCCGCCCUCCGGGGCUACGCGCCCGCCGACGGCAGCGGCGGCUUCGCUAUUCUGCUGGCGCUGUUCUUCGGGGAGCGGCGGCGGGGCGCGGCCGGGGGCAGCAUGCAGAUCCCGCAGAUCUGUGCGGCGGCGCAGCGGUUCUGCAACCCAAACGUUGUAAUGGAUCCAAAGACCCAGCACGGUUACAGCGGCUGGGCAAACAUCAAGACCCUGGAGGGCAACAAGCUGGUCCACCGCGACAAGCUGUCCCGCCAGGGCGGGCAGUUCGGCGUGAAGAAGGACGAGUUUCAGCUGACGGACAAGGGGCGGCGCGUGGCGGCCGAGCUGGUUGAGCGGACCGCCGGGGGCAGGCCGGCGGUGGCGGCCGCGGCGCGGGAUGCAGGCGUCGCGCUCGGCGGCGGCGGCGGCGGCGGCAGUGGCGGCGGCGGCGUGGCGGGUCUUGGCGGGGAGCGGUCGGAGGAGGGAGGGGAGGGCGCGUGGGCUGCAGCUGCAGCCUCGCCGGCGGCGGCGGGCCCGCAGCGGCCGGAGGGCGCCGAGGGCGCGGGCGGCGGCGGGGGCGCCGGGCCAAGCGCGUCCACAUCGCCGUUCACGGGGCAAGGCCGGCGGCUCGGCGGUGACAGUGGCGGGGCACCCAACAGGCAACCUGGUCUGUUCGGCUGGAGCGAGGGGGACGAGGAGGGCGGCAGCGACGCAGACGUCAGGGGCAUGGGUUGUACAGGCGAUGUGCCUAGUGAUGAUGACGAGGCCGCGGCGAUCGCGGCCGCGGCCGGCUUGUCGCGCGAGGAGCUGGAUCUGCAGCGCGCGAUACUGGAGAGCAGCCGCGCCGCCCUCAAGACGCCCGCCCUUGCGACGGCCGCGGCGGCGCGCAAGCGGCCGGCGUCGGGCGCGGGGGCGGCUGGAGAGGCGGCGGGGGGAGCGGGCGGCGGCCGCGGCGGCGGACGGCCUGCCUGGGAUUUGGAUGCCGCUGACCUGGCAGACCUUCUGCAGACGCCCGCCGGCCGCGGCCGCGGCCGCGGGAGGGGCGGUGGCGGCGGUGGCGGCGGCAGGCAGCCGCUACGGAAGCCGCUGUGCCGGACAGACUGCGACGACUGCGGCGUCCUGGCGGGCUGGCUGCGGGGCGGCGCGGAGGGGCAGGUCGUGCUGGCGCUGGGCAGCAAGCAGCGGCUGCAGCACGUGCAGCGGGUGGCGCAGCACCUCAACACUGAGGAGGGGGGCGGGUACAGCCUCUCCUUGGAGGCCCACG